GUGAGAGCGGCUUGGUGCGUAUCGCAGGUCUUCCUCUCCUCCCCCGUCGGGAUUUGCUUUCCGCAGCUCGGAUCUCUUGCUUAAUAACCUGCACACAAACUGAAAUAAUGUCGACUGUUGCUUGUGGUUCGCGUUCGCCGACAGGUCCCUGGUGACUUGCAGCGCCUGUGUGUCUACUGACUCGCCUGCUACCUCCGCCUUUGAAGUGGGGGGCCGAGGUGAGAACAUCCUCCCACUUUAGAGCCUUCCUCUCCCUCAUCUUUCCCCACCGUCUCCAGUACUUUUCACUGCCAAGGACAUCAAAAAACGUGGGGGGGAGUCAACUAACAGGGAACCCCGAGUGCUAACUUAGAAAGCCAAAGGAAUUCUCUUUCAAAGACCCACAUAACGGCUUGACAAGCACAAGUACGUCACUAACCAAACAUGGGAAACCAGUUAACAGAAAUGGCCCCCAACAGCCCCUUCCUCCCGAACUUCCAGUCCCUUCACGUGGUGGUGAUCGGUUUAGACUCUGCGGGGAAAACCGCCCUCCUCUACAGACUCAAACUGCAGGAGUUUGUUGAGACAAUCCCAACCAAGGGCUUCAACAUGGAGCGCAUCAAAGUGUCCAUGGGCAACUCCAAAGCCAACAUGACGAGUUUCCAGGUGUGGGACGUCGGUGGUCAGGAAAAACUCAGGCCCCUCUGGAAGUCGUACACCCGACGGACAGAUGGGCUGGUCUUUGUUGUGGACGCAGCGGAGGCGGAGCGCAUGGAGGAAGCAAAGGUGGAGCUCCAUCGUAUCUCCCGGUCGGCAGAGAAUCAAGGGGUUCCUGUGCUGGUUCUGGCCAAUAAACAGGACUUGGAUGGAGCCUUGUCAGUCCUAGAGGUGGAGAAGUCCCUAGCCCUUCAUGAGCUGAGCUCAUCCACACUGCACCACACUCAGGGAUGUUCUGCUCUGGACGGUCAGGGGCUCCAGCCUGGCCUGGAGAGACUCUACGAGAUGAUCCUGAAGAGGAAGAAGAUGCUUCGACACAGCAAGAAGAAGAGAUGAAAAGGAGAUAUCCAGAGUUUAGCAGGUGUCUGCCUCUGUUGAAUUAAAACUUGUCCAACGGACUUAUGUGGGUCCUUGCUUGACAUUCUUGAAACUUUAGUGGAUGGAAGCUGAUGAGGAAAAAGGGUUUGUUUCAAAGACUGCAAGUUGGGAUAUUCCCAACUAUCUCUAACUACUGCGAUGUUUAACCCUUUGGUUAUGGUGCUCCAAAUUGGAGCCAUGCUACAUUGGUAUGCUACCAUGCUGCCCGCACCCUCAUACACGGGCAAUUUUAGGUAUUCGGCACCCUUCUUCUCAUCAACCCCCCCAGUCUUUGAAGGAGCUUGGUGGUGAUAUGGAGCAGCUCAGAGAGAAAGAGAAACACAGAUCUGUGCAAUAGACUGUUGGUCACUGUCAAUACUGCACUCACUCUUAUGUUGAAGGAUAUUUUGUACUACCGAGUACCUUGUGAACAUCUGCUUUGAUGUAAUGGACCAUGGCGCCAGCACAAAUUGGUCUAGCUUGAACAUUGUUCCUGUUCCAAUGGCAUAUAGCAGUUUCUUUCACCAAGUUUAGAUGUUACACUUAAUUGCAUGGAUGUUCACCCAAAUACCUGCUUGGGAUUAUUAAGACAACACUUUUGUUGAUCAAAAGAGGAAUAUUGUAAAAUUUUCUUCAUGGGUUUGAAAUGCACAGUGUUCAGUUUUGGUGUGGCUUUGGGACUUGAGCGAAGGUGUGGCAUUUUGAUAUAAUUGCAAAACAUGAUGUUCCCAGAUAGGAGAAAAACAACCCAGGAGGCUGCUAUCUCUAACCAUGAAAGAUUUUUUUCCUUUUUUUUUCACUUUUUUUUUUCAAGUUCAGUGUUUUUAGGGAUUGGUUGGUUUAUUGGUGAAGAUGUUACUAUAAGAAGUCAUUUUAAAUUGUGUAUAUAUGUUUUUGUAAGACUUACACAAAUAAAUUAUUGAACAACUU